CACUCUAUAGGCUGAUUAUUAUUUUUUGCACUUUUACAGACGACUGGCUGAUAGUGUAGUGUUUUAAGACGAAAAAAUAUCUUAAAUAAAACUAAAAUAAUGUGAAAAGAUUUGCCAGAGGAGGUUCAAUUUAGUAGUUACAAUAAUAUAAUAAAGACGGUUAUAAUUUGAAUAGAAAAGUGUCCGUAAAUCUAAAGACUCGAACGUUGUAACCAAUUGGACGUCAAAUCAAAGGUAAUCAAGCAGCAAAAAAGGAAGCAGAAGGACACUCGGAGGCCAUUGUGCACACCCAAACAGCCGCAACCGGCUAAAAAGAUACGCAUAGCGAAGGAAGACAUCCGUGGUUCAUCCUGUUGCGUGAAAAUGUCAGGACCAUCGUCAUUUUUGUUGGUGCUCACGCUGCUGCUCAGUCGAGUAGCCGGCGAUAUUAGUGGCAGUACUACUGCUGAAAAGUCAUUACAUGCAGCAGCGGCUCAAACCAAUGCAUUUGCGUCAUUAGCGCCUGCAGCGGACACAACUAGUGAUGAAUUGCAACGUAGUCUACGUUUCGAACCUCCUCUCCUCGAUUUCGGCGAGGCAUGCCCAGUGGGAACGGCUCGUGCACAUACGGUGACGUUGGUAAAUCAGAAUGCAAAUCGUAGCGUAUAUUUAACUUCGGUGUCGGGACGUACACCUACCUUUUAUUCGAGCUUUUUCGAAGCAAAAGUAGUACCGCCGCAAGGAAAUACUACCUUUAAUGUUGUUUUUCUGCCGCGCGUUCAUGGUAGCGUCGCUACGGAUCUACUAAUUCAUACGUCUUUUGGGCAAGCACGUUUGCAGGUACGCGGCGAAGGACGAGAUUGCCCGUAUCGGCUGAAACCGUUAGUGGGGAUCAAAGCACCGCUUAACGCAACGCUCACGCCUGAGAUCCAAAUGUACAAUCCACAUAACAAGCCACUUCAAAUACUAGAGGUUUACAGCAGUGGUGGUCAGUUCCAAUUAGAAUUACCGAGUGGCGGGCAAGAAGGCCCACAAACUUUAUGGGAGAUACCGCCGUAUGAAACGAAAUCUAUUAUUCGAAUACGAUUCCAUGCACGCACCGUCGGUAACCACACGGCUUAUAUACGCAUCAAAAUUUCAGAACAGAUUGGUGAAGGUACUAGUGAUUCAGCGAGCAAUAGCGGAAAUGUGCUCGUAAUACCUGUCGAAAUUGAGAUUUUACCCUUACACGGACUGUACGCAGAUAAUCCAGUUAUUAAUUUCGGUCGGUUGUCAACAGCCGCAUCACUAGGUAGUAGCGUGAAACCAUCGCAAAUGAAGUUACAGCUUCACAAUUCGCACAUGCGCCAACAGCACGUUUUAAUCGAUUAUACACUGCGUCAAAUGCCAGGACUAACUUUUGAUCUCAAAAAUGGUGUUGUAGUACUGGAGUCACAUCUCUUCGAUAGCACAACUAUACUAGAUGAGGUGAUGGUGUUGCGCAGUGCACCGCGUACUCCCUUGCAAGAAAACGCCACAAACACUCCGCACGAAUUCACGGUUCUUAUACGUGCCGAAGUGUUUAAAGGGUCGCUACACUAUGAUGGUAACUCAACUACUUUCGUAACACAAGCUACGUUGGGUAACCGCGGAGGCAAUAAACGUACCUUGGUGGUGCGAAACGACUUUGAAACGCCCAUAGCACUGCUAAAUGUAAGCUUACCGCAGCAAGAAACCGAUAGUGGAGCUUUACGCGCACAACUUAGUAGAGAUUAUCUGGACGUCUUAGGCGGCAGCGCAAGGGACUUUUUGGUGUUGCCAAGUGGCGGUUCUUUGGCUUUGUUGCAACUACAGAUGCUCAACUCAAGUAUGGUGUACAAAAGCAACUUACUCAUACGCACGAACAUUACGCACAUCCUGGUGCCGCUGAUUGUUUGUGGUGGCCGUUUACAUGUCUCCACCUACGAUACGGCGCGUUUACAAAACGAUGCACCUUAUAGUGUGGAUUUGAAUUUGGGUGCCAUACCAUUGGCAGAGACAUCGCACAAUGGUUACAUUGUUUUACGCAACCGCAAUCCUUUGCCUAUCAAACUAAACACUUGGAACUUUCAAUCGCCUCAAGGCGUAUAUUUUCAUACUUCAUUUCGAGGUUGCUUGCGGCCAGCCUCACUGCGCGCAUUGCGCAAUGCUACACUGAAAUUGGAGAGCGCAAAGUUUAAGCUAUGCACACAGUUGGAGGAGGACGAUGUGGCGGUUUUUCAAGUUACUAUACAGUCAUAUAUAACUGAGCAGCAUCAAUGCACAUUGAAAAUUUGGACAACAUACGAGGAGAUCACGACGACGGUGCGUUUUCGCACUUGGAUCGGCAAACUAGAGGUUGAUCAAGAGCUGCUUUACUUCGAAAAUUGCUUUCCGGGAAAGCAAUGUUCCGCCGAAUUGGCCAUACGCUCCACUUUUCAGCACCCUAUACACAUUACUUCAGUUAAUUUUACCGAUGCAGGAUUACGUUUUGAGGACUACAAUACCAACGGUUCGACAAUCGCGGGCAAUGCGAUGACCAAAGUAGGUCGCAUACACUUUGAACCGUCGCUGCUAUGUCAGCAACGCUGCUAUAUACCGCAGGAUGAGCGCACGAGCUCGCUUGCCUUUCCAGCAGCGCAAAACACUCGCGGCGGCUUGAACAACAAUUUACACUUCGACGAGACGGAAUUGCGACGACGCACCGAACUCUUUCGCCAUUUAAAGUACGACUUUCAAAAUAUCGCCUUCACGCUGAAUAGUCACGAGGUGCGACAGUUUUUGUUGCAACUAAUAAUUGACAUCGAGUGGCCGAAAUUUGUCACCGGCAAGCAAGUCUUUCCAACCAUAGAGGUAGGCAAAGCGCAGGAGGUUCAGGUACUGGUGAGUAAUCCGGCAGAUACACCAGUGUUGCUGGACUACUUUCUCUCCAAUCCGGCGUUUGCGAAGGAAACGCAGCUGUCCUUGCCGCUGGAAGUAGUGGACAUUGCACCGCAUUGCUAUCUUACGGAUAAGGAUGUAUUUUCUCUGCCAGGUGGCGCGCCGCAUAAACCAAUACUCUUGCCACCGCACACUAGUCUACCGGUGACAAUGCGUUUUGAGGCCCCCAUUGCUGAUACGUAUUGUACGCUGUUGCAUAUUCGCAAUAACCUUACACUCUACGAGGCGGUUUGGCUGAGCACAAAGGUGGUACAAUCGCAGUUUCGCUUUGGCAAUCGCAAACCUGGCUUGAAUGCGACUCUGCUUUUUGAUUUAACCGAACAAUUUUCUACGCUUUGCAAUCAACCGCCAACGCCUCCAUCCUCCUCUGGUGGGCAAAAUGAUUUGGGUUCACAUAAACACAAAAAAGUUGCGUUAAAGCGUGUAUUUACAGCUCGAAAUACGGGUGAGAUCCCCAUUUGGAUUGAGACAUUUCAAAUUGGCGAUCAAAUGUGUACCGGCUAUGGUUAUAGUGUAUUGGAUUGCAACAGUUUUGCGCUCAAGCCGAACGAAUCUAAAAAGAUUGAAAUAGUCUUCGUUCCCGAUUACACUUUAGCGCUCGUGCAAGUACCAAUUAAAAUACAUACGAAUCUCUCUUAUAAUUUGGAAUACAAACUAGAAGCAAGGCUGCCUGCUAGCAUGAUCGAUCGUUGUUCAGUUCUGAUACGGCGUCCCGCGUGGGAAGAGCGCAUUCGUAACGCAGCCAUUGUGUUGCUGGCCACCACAUUUGUUUUCGUUCUCAUUGCCGCUAACAUAGAUUAUGACAAUAUACUGCAUGGACAAACGGUACUAUACGAGGCACGCGAUAAAAGUUCCGUGCAUCCGACAUUUAAUCUGCGCAAUAUUGCAUUGAAGGCACAAGCAGCGGCGCAUGCGGCGGAUGACGAAGCACCGGUCGCGUGUGGCUCCUUGCAACGACGCAGUGGCAUCCAGCAACAUACCAAAGUCAGUACGAGCAGCAGCAGUAGUAGUAGCACUAGUAGCGGGAGCACAGGCAACAAUGGCAAUAGUAUGAAAAAGCGCAACUUGAAGCGCCAGAACAAUGCAAAUGGCAACGCCUCGACAUCUCGUGUGUCGCUGCCAUGGUCGCUGGACUUAAAUGCUUUUAGGAAUAACGUAUCUACGGUGAAAACGACGAGCGAAAAUGACCGAAACAACGUCAGCAGUGGUGCAAAUGGCAUGCAGCAGGCCAGCGCUAAUGAAAAUGGCGGAAAGAGAAGCGCAGCGGUUUCGACGACGCCAAAAACACAAACGCACAAUGAAAAGGUCGAAAGAGGCGGAAUUGAAGCAAAUAAACAAACAACAGCCACUAAUCUAAAUAAUAGCAGUGCCACUGGAGGAAAGAAACAGCAGCAGCAAAUUCAAGCAGCAGCCUCACCGUUGCAGAGCAUGGCUUCAAUACAACAGCCGCGUAGUGCGCGCAAGGCGAAAAAUGCCGCUGCUGCCCCAUUGCAGACUACCGAGAAAAAUGAAAGAGAGGCCGUAAGCGGUGGCGCCGGCAAUCAGAAGUCCCAGAUGAAUGGAGGAAAAAAUACGCGUGGAAAUGGAAAUAAGUCGACCGUUGCUGAAUCGCUAAACCAUGCCGCUAACCUUGGAGGCAAUGUGCUGGAUUCGCGUGGCACUAGCGCCGUUCCGACAUCAACACCUUCGCCGCCAGUAAAGGAAGUAGGCGUACAGAGUGGCGCAACCGGUUCGAAAUAUGGCAAAACACCAGGACGAGAGCGUCGCAAAGACGCGCGCAACGUCAACACUGGCAACAAUGGGAACGACACCGCAACUCCCUCGAACUGUUCUUCAUCGUCCGCAAACUCUUGUGGUUCUUCAAGUGCAUCGCGCCGCGCUGAGCGUAGAAGUCGCCAACGCGCAGCGGCCGCACUGCGUGCGUUAAAUUUUACCGAUUCAGGUGCUUCUUCGAAUGCUGCGGCAACACGCACAAUGCUUUCAAACGGAAAUGACAGCAACGGCGGCGCUACUUUGGGCUGCUUAAGCGCGCCUUGGGACACUGGCAACCAGGCGACGUUUAGUGAUGUUUUGCAGGCACAGCCUAUAAGUGGGCAGGGAAAAACUAUGCCAAAGGCGAAUGAUAAAUCGAAUGCUGGUGUCAGCGAUGCUGGAUCGUGUUACUUUUUCGGUGGUAAAGAGAACGAAUCGGAGUUUGGAAGAAAACAGCAAGAUCUGUUUCAGCAAGGGCAACAAAAACAGCAGCCGCAUCAACAAGCGCAGCUUUUCGGACAAAACUCAUCUGACACGAGCUCGGAAAAGUUGGCCAGCUCAAAUUCUGGUGAGUUGGGUCCUAUCGGCUCUAAAAAGUCGCCAUCGUCUACACCCGUCUGGGAGCCAGUUAAUAGCAACAGUAGCAGUAGCGGUAGCAGCAAUAAUAGCGGCAAUGGUCUACAAAUUCCAAAGCCGGUGGUGUCAACAGGCAAUUGCAGCUUCUUCUCUAAUCUUUUGACCACAUACGAGUACGAUGGCAAUCGGCCACUGAGAGGCCUAGACGCCGAUCUCUUUGAGAUAAAAAAGGCACAAGACGAGUACUUCGAAUAUAUGUACAGCCUGCGCCAGCAGCAAUUGCAAGCCCAGGUGCAGGCUCAUGCACAGGCACAUGUGCAAGCGCAGCAGCAACAACAACAGCAGCAGCUGCUACAAGGUGUCGAUUGGGCACACCUAAACUCGCGGACUUGGUCGCCGAUGACAACGUAUUUGGGACAACAUGAUAGCCCAACCGGCGGUGCUGUAUUGGUCAGCGGUUUGAAUACACCAGUAACAGGCGGCGGUACACUCGCAGCAACUGCUUGGCCGCCAAUCGGGGGUGCUGUAUCAACAUCUGGUGCUAGCUGUGGUGGUGUCAAUGGUAGCGCUGGCGUUGGCACAGCAGUCAUACGUCCACCUCCCGGCUUGGAGAGCAACUUUCAUGGUAUGAGUAACAAUACACAAUCAGCCGCACAACAAGAGCCACAGCAGCAGCAGCAAUCAUUGAAUGUUUCGUCCAACGAUGCUGGUGCAGGUGCUGUUAUACCAGCUGAAAUGCAGACAUUCGAUCCAUUUAGUUCGCUCAGUUCCAUUUGGUCGGAUAGCUGGCAGAAACGCAACAAUAUUAAUAACAGUAACAAGAACAACGGAAACAUAAAUUGAUAAGUUAUUGUAAAGCGUAUGUGCGGGCCUAAAUGUAAGGUUGAGCGAUUGAUGAUGAAUGGUUGGCGAAUGCGGGAUAGUUUUCUUUAUGUUAUGUAUAUUUUUGAAGAUAUUUACUAGCAUUACUAUAACAUGCGCGCCAACCAUUUACACGAAUCCCUCAUUGAGUAAUUUUUGAUUUAAUGUCGCUUAAACUUUGUGUGCGUUUUUUUCGUUUUGUAAAAAUUUAACAAUUGCUUACAUUGAACUUAAUAAUUAGGUUAACACAUUUUUUGAAACUUGUUGCCAUAUGCUCUUUUCCCCCAUUUCCCAGCAAUCUGACCGUCCAUAGUCCAAUGCGCUGGCCAUUGCUUUAUAACUAGAAAUAUGUUUUUUUUUUGUAAAACUGUGUGAAGUUCGAAAAAUAUGUGAAACGAACAAAAUUCGAAAUUCGAGCCAAAUAAUGCGGUAUUUCGAAAUUUCAUAACCAACGGUUAUUAUGGUUGAAAAUUAUUUAAUUUUUUCUUUUCCUAUAUAUAUCUUUUCGUUUAUCGCAAAAACGGUAAGGGUAAUGAUCCUUUGAUGAACAAGAAAAAAUUAAUUUGAAACAAUGUGAAAUUUAUAAUUUUUGUUUGUUUUUGAAUUUCCUAAUUUUAUUUAUAACUAUUUUCAAUUGACUUGACUUUGUUAUUUAAUUUUAAUGUCGCGAAACAAGAAUAAUAGUUUAUUUUGGAUAUCUUGGUUUUACUUAAAAAAUAAAGUAAAAUAAACUUUAAUGGAUUGAAGUCGUGAAAUUAUAAAUUCUUAAACUUAUAUAUGUACGUACAUACUCAAGAGUAGUCAUUGCUCAUCACGGCCUAAGUAACAGCAUAUUGCCACACAAUAAUAGCCACAACCUCAACACAUUAGAUUAAACACUUGGAGUUAAUAAUUAAUUUGAAAAACAAAAACUAUAAUGGACUAAAGUGCAGUUAACGCACAGAAUGAAAUAACUGCAUACAAAUCUACAUGCAUACAAACCAAAUACAUACAUACAUACUUUCAAGCAUACAUUAAAACCACUUUCAUUUAUUUGCAAACUGUA